AUGCUUAAAGCUGCGAAGAAAUAUGGGGCCCGAAUCGACGUGAAGAACCCGACGGAUGCGCUGAAAGAAGCGCUCCCAGUGUGGUCUCAUAUCGGGCCCUACACGGGCCGAGUGAUGUCGAACUCUAGAACCUCGAAAUGCUUGAGAGAACGCCAUAACGUCGCAACAGUAGGAGCGUGCGUACAACUUAUACGCAGACUUUCGGGGCCACCUACUGCGGGGAACGCACACAUCCCCUCCCGAGGCUGCACAUGCGGCGAAUGUGUCACUGACCGUGAAAUACACGGCUGUCUGAACCCACACAAAUGCGUGAUAUCCGCCCGCGAUCUACUGAAUAAACUUACGCCCGCAUGGGCGCCCGGCGGGGGCGCACACUGCGAUGGCCUUACACUUACCAAAUCACGUAAACGGAAGAAUAAUGUGGAGCGGGGCCGAAAUGGCAGGCUGCUUUUCGACCCGUCCAUCACUUCGACGGCCCCUCUCGCACAUGCCAUCCGCGUGUUUACCACAGAAGACGAAAGACUCACCCUACUGCGCAGAGCCCCGCGCCCAUACAAUGUGCCGACGGAGGACAUAUCCGUGUACACGGAUGGGUCCUACAAGGAAGACGGGGCGGCUGGACCGAGAAGCGGCGCCGGCGUAUGGUUCGCGGACGCAGAUCCCAGAAACAUUGCGGCGCCCGUACCCGGCGACACGCAAUCCAACCAGGUUGCUGAAAUCUACGCGGUAUCGUUAGCGGUGCAUACGGUACCCCCUUUCGCGCCACUCACGAUCAUAUCCGACUCCAAAAUGAUCGCGGCUGGACAGGAGUUGCGAACGCCGACCUUCUGA